AUGUCAAAUUCUGAACCCUACUACAGUGAUUUCAAAGGUCCUCCUUAUAUUCCUCCACCACCUCCCACUAUUCAGGAGAGAGUGGAUGGAACGGCGUACGGAGAUCCGACCAGCAUUAUCCUCAAUUCAGUGUUCUACAAGGCUGAUGAACAGACAGCUUGUUCAAACGGCCUGCGCGGUCGGGAUGGUCGACUGGAGUAG